CGCAUAUUAUGCUGCGCCUACAAAACUAGUUACAAUACUCCGCCGGACCACGAUAACCCGCCCCUGAUCGUCUUCUCCGAUCCUCACUCCCUCCCCUCGGCGACUCACUGAAACCCCAUCGCCAUGAGCAGAAGACAGCGAUCUCUCCUCAUCAGAACCCUCCUCUUCCUCUUCAUCCUCAACGCCAUCUCCUUCUCAAUCUACCUCCUCCUCAGCUCCCCGUCCCCCGAAACCCUAGCCCAACCCCAAACCCUAACCCUAACCCUAAAACCCUGGCCCACCCUCCCCUCCUUCCUCCCCUGGACUGACCCUAACCCUAACCCUCCCCCUCGGUCCUGCGAGGCCUACUUCGGCAACGGCUUCUCGAACGGAUCCAGGUUAUCGGCAUCGACCAGCGGCGGCGCGGACGGGUUCCUUCGGUGCUUUAUAUAGUGAGACGCUGAGGAGGACUCGAUUUGGGAAAUGGAUCGGUUAUCGAUGGUAUCGGGGGUCGGAUCUGAUGAUCGAGGGACGAGGGAAAGAGGGUUGCGACGACGCUUCAUUGGGAGGGAGGAGGAGGAGGAGCUGCCGAAAUUUGAGGAGGCGGCGUUCGAGAUCGAGGGGGAGGAUGUGGGAGAUGUCGGCAGGGCGGUGGAUGAUGAGUUUCUUGAUAAGUACGUGCCGAGGGGGCAGAUUCAGCAGCACACUAUGAGGGCCUUGGUGGACUCGGUCCGGGUUGUUGAGCCCGGGAAGCUCGAUUGCUCCGAGUGGAUUGAAGAACCCACGGUCUUGGUUACACGUUUUGAGUAUGCAAACAUGUUCCACACGGUUACGGAUUGGUAUAGUGCCUAUGUCUCUUCCAGAGUUACCAGCUUGCCUGGUAGGCCACAUUUGGUUUUUGUGGAUGGCCAUUGCAAGACUCAGCUGGAAGAAACUUGGGAAGCUCUCUUUUCUAGUAUUAAAUAUGCUAAAAACUUCUCAGGGCCUGUUUGUUUUCGUCAUGCUAUUCUUUCACCCUUGGGCUAUGAGACAGCUUUGUUUGAAGGACUAACUGAACACAUUAGCUGCCAAGGCACCACUGCAAACAGCCUUUCGAAGAACCCUGAUGAUCGAAAAACUUCCAGAUUGUCAGAAUUUGGAGAAAUGCUAAGAGCAGCAUUUGGCCUUCUAGACAUGCCAACAAAGCCUCCUACUGGUCAUAAUGUCCUUUUUGUGAGGCGUGAAGAUUAUUUAGCUCAUCCACGUCAUAGUGGAAAAGUAGAAUCCCGAUUAAGCAAUGAGCAGGAGGUUUUUGACGCAGUGCAUAGUUGGGCAGCCAAUUACACAAAAUGUAAAAUUAAUGUCAUCAAUGGUCUUUUCGCACACAUGUCCAUGAAAGAGCAACUCCGUGCUAUGCAAGAAGCUUCAGUUGUUAUAGGCGCUCAUGGAGCUGGUCUUACUCACUUGGUUUCUGCUACACUGGAUACCAUAGUUCUCGAGAUAAUUAGCAGCUUAUAUCGGCGUCCUCAUUUUCAAUUGAUCUCUCAGUGGAAAGGGUUGGAGUACCAUGCUAUCAAUCUUGCUGGAUCAUAUGCAAGGCCUCCGAUGGUCAUUGAUGAGCUUAGCAGCAUAGUGAGGAGUCUAAAAUGCUGAUGUCAAAUUUGAGAUCAUUUUCUUUAUUGACUGAUAGCUUAAAGUAUACAUUUGAAGCACCUAUAGGCUUGAGAGCUAACUGUCAAGUCUGUUCGAGUCAUGGUUUCUAGCAUUCUCACUUGAGUUCAAACUGAGAGUAGGGAGCUUGCUGUGAUUUCAAAUUGUCAACUAAGAGAUUCAUUGUUCAUUGUGUUGUCCAUUAAAGAGGCAGCAGCAUGAGGAGCACAAUGCCCAGCAUCAAUUUGUAGAGACUAGAGGAUUAAUUAGUUCAGAGAUAAAUGUUUGAGGAUUGAAGGGCUAAAAUUGAGAGCAUCAGCGUAAGUAUCAUGGGUUUGUGAGAAGCAGCUCUGAGCACCAACCCUCAGGGCAUGUAUUUAGAAGGAGAAAGUUGGUAGCUCCUGACAUUCUUGUGUAACUUAUUGACCAGAGAUGGAUAAUACAUGUAAUGUUUCUGAUACUGAGAAGAAUGUUGUGGUGGUAGUUUUAAUGUUUGCCGAUGGUCGCGCUAUGUCAAAUUGCAUACUACACGUUAUAUCCUUCUGUGAAAAUCUGUAUUCCUCCCAGAGUUUAUUUCAUGAUUGACGUAGUAAAUGAAUUCUCUAUGGUUUAUUAAUAAGCAAUGAUGUUUCAAAGGGGCAGCAGGAUCUUCAUAUUCUUCA